AUGGCUCAACCUAUCGAUGAAUUCGUCCAAGCAAAGGUUGAGUGGUGGAAUCACUCUUUCAUGUACGUCCGCUGUCCCAGCUGCGAAGGAAUACAUCGGCAUAACUUUUUUGGCGACACCACGGCUAGGUACCAGCGCGUUGCUCAUUGCGGCAGUUCCUGUGACUAUUCAAUCCACUUUCCAAUUGGGGAAGAUGAUAUUGGGUAUGAGAUUGAUAAGGAGAGGGCUCUGUUUGUAGCUGGUGGCGCAGACCCGACUGAAUACUUCCAGGUGGACAGAAGCAAAAUGCUGGCCGCCUUUGCAAAUAGCCUUAGGAGCCGGCGCAAGUGGACAGAGGCAACCGAAACAAUUUUCGAGGACGAAGAGGAAUUGGGGGUUACCGGAGGCUAUAGUAUAAAAGCGAUACGCAUGGUGGCAAGUGAUAUGGUUACUGGGAAUAUUGAAAAUGUUCGUCGUUAUCUUGACGUCUCGGCGGAUUCGGAAAUUUUUCUCCAUGGUGUUGAUGCCUGGAUCACCAAGGUUGAUAGCGACGAUGAGCACGACAGUAGCCUUACUUCGAAGGAGCAAAACGAUUUGAUUCAAACCUCCGGCGAGACCGCUCUACACUACGCUGCGUGUGAGAUGUACCCUCAAAUGCUUGAGCUUCUGCUACAAAAGAAAGCCGACCCAAAUUCCGCGGAUGCUAGCGGCCGUGUUCCUCUUACAGAGGCUGCCUUAUGGGGCCGAAAAGAGAAUGUUCAAAUGCUUCUAAACUACGGAGCAGACAAGGAACUGGGAUGUGUGCGUAAUGGGAAACUGCUCCGAGCUAUCGACUUUGCGAAGCCGCUGAGGGAAAACGCCGAAGAACGUUACUUCCGCGCUGGAGGCGAGUACCAAAUCUAUAAGGAAAAUACUUAUGAGAGAGACUUGGAUCGUAAAGCGAUUGUUAGUAUGCUCGAGGAUAUCGCGGGCGAGCAAAGCCAGGAUCGACAAUUACAAUGUUUUGCAUUCACGAAAUCACCUGAAGUCGACACUGCAUUGACAUUAAUUACCCACUUCGACAUUCCCAACAAGUGGAAAACUAUAGGCGUCCUGUACCGUGGAGAGAAGUUUCAUUCCGUCGCUGCCAUGAGCGGUUGGAAGCAUAGCAAAGAUUCUGAUGCAAAUCUUCAAAUUGCAGGGAAAAGCUGGACAAGGGAGGUUCGUCGUCUCUGUGAAUAUAUCGGAUAUACCCUGAAGCCACACAAUCAUGAUCAAGUAGAACGGGGUCAAUACAACGCCUGUCAUGCCGAAAAACAGUUGAUUGCGUUCUUUGUCAAUAAGCACUUAUUCCUACCACAUGAGGUAAAUGGAAGUGUCGAUAUGGCGGAUCUAAAUUUUGACUACAUGUCUGAAGAGGAGUAUGAGCAGAUAGCGAACGAGAGACGCGAGCACAAAAGGCUUCUCUUGGACCUCAAAAACUCGGCGCCAUCGAACUCCCUACGCAAAGCUACACUCCUAGUCUGUCGUCCAAUAUGUAAUGACUGCAAGGAAUUCGUGAAGCGGAUAAAUCACGUCCUUGAUCUGAAUAUUACAGUUUUUCAUCGUUGUCUGGAAUCUGAAUGUACUUCAUGUGGAAACUAG